UUGGUCGGUCCAUGACAUUAGGUCGGUCAUGAGUCUUGGUCUAUACACUAUGGGAGGGGCAGACAUCCGGAUUCUUGAUGCUCCUAAGGACGAGCUCCGUGCCUGGUGGAAUCUACUCAGUCUGACCAACCGCAAGCUAGUUGAGGGCCACAUCGGGAGGCUGCUCCCCCUACUGGAGGUCAAAGUCCGUACCGGCCUCGUUCGAGCAUUAGCGCACUUCUGGUGUCCCGAGACCUCUACCUUUAUAUUCGGUAAGCACGAGCUCACCCCGACGUUGGAAGAAUAUAGCGUGCUCAUUGGAAAACCAUUGGAGUCGGAGUUAGUCACACCACCUUUGGGAAUUGAUUCUACUUUAAUGUUGGCUGAAUUUUUGAAUGUUGGAAAAGAUGAAUUGGGAAAAGUUUUAAAAGCAAAUCGCGGCACAUGUCCUUUUUCAUUCCUGAGUCAGUGUUUUGAAAAAGCCACAUCUUUUCAAAAGGGCAAAAUCUUUUUGUUAGCAUUUUUCGGGUUCGUGAUUUUUCCUCACUGUAAGAAUGCAUGUAGUCCGUCAAUCGCAUGGUUGGUCCAACAAGUCUGUCUUGAAAAGAAUUUUGGCAACACCAUUUUAGCCGAGACUUUCAUUUCACUCACUAAAUUUAAGCAACAUGUUGACAAAACGUUUCAUGCCCCCCUCGAACUUUUGCAAAUUUGGUUUUUGUCUCACAUAAAAGGAUGUGGCGAUUUACUCACAAUAUCCGAGCUUAGUGAUUCUAACCAUCCCAUUUUAAGCUAUAAAGGAAAAUAAGGAAAUGCACCUGAUUAUCAUUA